AUCUCAGUAAAGUUUCUGUAAACAUGGCAGACUCUUUAGAAGGAACUGUAUCCACCCCACCAAACCCUCAACCAGUUACAUCUGAAUUAGCAGAUGUCAAUCAACUGAUUAAAUAUAUAAAGAGGGUGGUACCUGUACUAUUAGAAGAGGAAGAUGACAUUCAUCCUUCACUACUCUCUGCUCUUUCCGAUAAAAAUAAUUUAGAAAUUCUCAAAAAAUUCAUUGGUGACUUACAGUGCCGAGCGCUUCUCAUACAGAGAUCAUCUACAAAAGAUGAAGAAGAAGUUGGUGAAGCUGCUGGAGAGGGUGAUGAGGAAAAAGAAAACGUUAUAUACCUCAUUUCAGAUGAUGUUCGCUUUUCAAACCCUAAAGUCAACAGCAUUGUUAUCAUCAAAACAUCUUCUGUUAUCGAGGCAGAGAAGCGAAUUGCUUCACAGGUUCGAGUUAUGAAUUUAAAUGAUGCAUCUCCCUAUGAAACUCUUCAUUCUUACGUCAGUAGUGCUGUGGCUCCAUAUUUCAAGUCUUAUGUUAGAGAAACUGGGAGAGCUGAAAGAGAUGGAGAUAAAAUGGCGCCCACUGUUGAGAAAAAGAUAGCUGAAUUGGAGAUGGGUUUGCUUCAUUUGCAGCAGAACAUUGAUAUUCCUGAAAUAACUCUUCUCAUUCAUCCAGUUGUUUCUGCUACAGUAAAAAAAGCAAGUGAAGAAGGCAGAAAGGCAACUGUAAAUGAUUUUGGUGACAAAGUUGAAGAUUCUACAUUCUUAAAUCAAUUACAGAAUGGUGUAAAUAGAUGGAUCAGAGAAAUACAGAAGGUCACAAAACUUGAUAGAGAUCCAUCCUCUGGGACAGCCUUGCAAGAAAUUAGUUUCUGGUUGAAUUUAGAGCGAGCAUUGCUGCGUAUACAAGAAAAGAGGGAAAGUCCAGAAGUUGCUCUUACACUUGAUAUUCUGAAAAAGGGAAAACGUUUCCAUGCUACAGUCAGUUUUGACACAGAUACAGGUCUUAAACAAGCUCUGGCUACAGUUAAUGAUUACAAUCCUUUGAUGAAAGAUUUUCCAUUGAAUGAUUUAUUAGCUGCUACAGAACUGGAUAAAAUUCGAGCUGCUUUAGGAGCCAUCUUUUUCCACCUGAGAAAAAUCCGGAGCACAAAAUAUCCUAUUCCAAGAGCAUUAAGAUUGGUGGAAGCAAUAUCUCGUGAUUUGAUGAAUCAGUUGUUGAAGGUUCUAGGAACAAGGAGACUGAUGCACAUUCCUUUUGAAGAAUUUGAAAAGGUUCUGAACUCUUGUUUUGAAGUUUUUAGUACGUGGGAUGAUGAAUAUGAUAAAUUACAAGGUUUACUGAGAGAUAUUGUGAAGAAAAAACGAGAUGAACAUAUCAAAAUGGUGUGGCGAGUUAGUCCAGCUCACAAAAAAUUGCAAGGCAGAAUGGAACAAAUGCGAAAGUUUCGUAGGCAACAUGAGCAAUUAAGGACUGUUAUUGUUCGAGUUCUGAGGCCAUCUACAAUUCCUAGGCCUCAGCCCACAGGAACUCCAGUUGCAGAGGAUCCUUCAGAAGCAAAAAGUGAUUCUCUUGAUGCUGCUGAUGUGAAUGCCAUUGAAGAAGUCAAUUUAGCCUAUGAAAAUGUGAAAGAAGUUGAUGGACUAGACAUAUCGAAAGAAGGAACUGAAGCAUGGGAGGCAUCUCUGAGAAGGUAUGAAGAACGGAUUGACCGAGUGGAGACUCGUAUCACUGCAAGGCUCCGUGAUCAGUUGGGGACUGCAAAAAAUGCCAAUGAAAUGUUCCGCAUAUUUUCACGUUUUAAUGCUUUAUUUGUUCGACCUCAUAUUCGAGGUGCCAUAAGAGAGUAUCAGACUCAACUGAUCCAACGUGUGAAAGAUGACAUAGUGGCUUUGCAUGAAAAAUUUAAAGUCCAAUAUCCCCAAAGUAAAGCAUGCCGGAUGAGUAAGGUUAGAGAUCUACCUCCAGUUGCGGGCUCUAUCAUCUGGGCCAAACAAAUUGAUAGGCAACUGUCAGUAUAUAUGAAAAGAGUUGAGGAUGUCUUAGGUAAAGGAUGGGAAAAUCAUGUAGAGGGUCAGAAGUUGAAAUCCGAUGCUGACAGUUUUCGUGUCAAGCUAAGCACACAGAGUAUUUUUGAUGACUGGUCCAAAAUGGUCAGUCAACGACAGUUGGGUGUUUCAGGAAGAAUAUUUGCAAUUGACAAUAUUAGAUCCAGAACUGGGAAAGGCAAUGUUCUGAAACUUAAAAUAAAUUUUUUGCCUGAGAUUAUAACCUUAGCCAAAGAGGUGAGGAAUUUACGUUGGUUAGGAUUUCGUGUGCCUUUGGCAAUUAUAAACAAAGCUCAUCAAGCAAACCAACUUUAUCCAUUUGCUAUAUCAUUGAUUGAAAGUAUAAGAUCAUAUGAAAGAACAUGUGAAAAGGUUGAAGAAAGACCUUCCAUUACUCUGCUUGUUGCUGGACUUAAAAAGGAUGCUCAAAGUCUCAUUAUGGAGGGAAUAAGUUUAGUGUGGGAAUCAUACAAGUUGGAUCCAUAUGUUCAACGCCUUGCAGAUAAUGUCUUCAAUUACCAGGAAAAAGUAGAAGAUCUAUUGUCCAUUGAAGAGCAAAUAGACAUUGACGUGCGCUCCCUUGAAACAUGCGCUUACAGUACCAGUGUGUUUUCAGAUAUUCUAAACAAAAUUCAGAAAGCUGUAGAUGAUCUCAGUCUUCAUCAGUAUUCAAAUCUUCACUUAUGGGUCUCCAAAUUAGAUGAAGAAGUUGAGAAAAAGCUUGCUUUGAGAUUAGAGGCAGGUGUCAAAGCUUGGACUAAUGCUUUGGAAGGCAAAAAUCAGCAAGAGACAGAUUUUCAUGACACAGAUACUACAACUGCCCACAAACCUGGUGGUGAUCCUCAGAUACAAACUCUUAUACAUGAAAUUCGAAUCACCAAUCAAGUAAUUUAUGUGAAUCCUAGUGUUGAAGAAGCUCGAUUUAGCAUAUUGCAGCAACUUUUUGCUUGGGAAAAUGUUGUUUUAUUGCAAACACGAAUCCAAAGCUCCAGAUAUCAAGUUGGUUUAGAUCGCCCAGUAACUGAAUCAUACAGAAAUCUUUUACGAAAAAUGCCUGGAGGUGUUGAUACCUUAGAAGCAUCUUACCAUGCAAUUGAAGACAAAAUUCAACAAAUGGACUCUUAUGUUAAAGAAUGGCUUCGUUACCAGGCUUUGUGGGAUCUACAACCUGAAGCAUUAUAUUCAAAGCUUGGAGAAAACAUUAACCGUUGGAUGAAUACAUUAAUUGAGAUCAAAAAAUCAAGAACAACAUUUGACACUACUGAUGUGCGUAAGGAAAUUGGCCCAAUAAUUAUAGAAUAUGCUAAGGUUCAGUCAAAGGUAUCACUUAAGUAUGAUUCCUGGCAUAAGGAUGUUCUUGGCAAAUUUGGAUCUUUGUUAGGGAAUGAAAUGGCUUCCUUUCACACCACAGUUUCAAAAUCUCGUAGUGAUUUAGAGCAACAAUCCAUCGAAACUGAUUCAACAUCUGAUGCUGUUACAUUCAUCACCUAUGUACAAUCCCUAAAGAAAAAAAUGAAGAUUUGGGAUAAGAAAGUUGAGCUGUACAAAGAAGGCCAGAGAAUCUUAGAACGACAAAGGUUUCAAUUCCCCAACUCCUGGCUUCAUGUUGACAACGUGGAAGGGGAGUGGUCUGCUUUCAACGAAAUCCUUCGUAGAAAGGAUUCUGCUAUUCAAGUGCAGGUUGCAAGUUUGCAAGUAAAAAUUGUUGCAGAAGACAAAGCUGUUGAAGCACGUACAAAUGAUGUUCUUAUUGAGUGGGAAAAAACCAAACCUGUUGAGGGCUCGCUUCGUCCCCAAGAAGCAAUGGGGCAUCUUUCAAUAUUUGAAUCAAAAUUCAGCCGUUUGAAAGAAGACAGAGAUAAUGUGAUGAGAGCAAAAGAAGCAUUGGAACUCCAAGAACCAGGAGCCCUAUCUGCUACUGAUGAAAGAUUACAGGUGGCAUUAGAGGAGUUGCAUGACUUGAAAGGUGUCUGGUCAGAGCUUGCCAAAAUUUGGGAUCAAAUUGAUCAGAUGAAAGAACAACCAUGGCUUUCUGUUCAGCCCAGAAAGUUGCGACAACAUUUAGAUGGACUGCUCAACUUACUGAAAGAACUUCCAGCAAGAUUACGUCAAUAUGCAUCUUACGAAUAUGUAAAGAGAACCCUACAGAAUUUCACAAAGGUUAACAUGCUUAUUGUGGAACUUAAAUCUGACGCCCUAAAAGAAAGGCACUGGAAGCAACUCAUGAAGCAGCUAAGAGUAAACUGGGUUCUUUCGGACUUAACUCUUGGACAAGUAUGGGACAUUGAUUUACAGAGAAAUGAACCAAUCAUCAAAGGAGUUAUUUUAGUUGCUCAGGGUGAAAUGGCGUUGGAAGAGUUUUUGAAGCAGGUUCGUGAAGCUUGGCAAAACUAUGAAUUGGACCUGGUUAGUUAUCAAAACAAAUGUCGCCUUAUCAAAGGAUGGGAUGAUCUUUUCACUAAAGUUAAAGAACAUAUCAAUUCAGUCGCUGCCAUGAAACUUUCACCUUAUUACAAAGAAUUUGAAGAAGAUGCUCUGGCAUGGGAAGAAAAACUGAAUCGUAUCAAUGCAUUAUUUGAUGUUUGGAUUGAUGUUCAAAGACGAUGGGUAUAUUUGGAAGGUAUCUUUUCUGGUAGUGCUGACAUACAAACACUUUUGCCUGUAGAAACUUCACGAUUUCAGAGUAUAAGUGCUGAAUUUUUGACAUUAAUGAAAAAAGUCACAAAAUCCCCUCUUGUUAUGGAUGUUCUCAACAUUCCUGGAGUACAAAGAUCAUUAGAGAGGUUAGCUGAUCUGUUGGGCAAAAUCCAGAAAGCUUUGGGUGAAUAUCUUGAAAGGGAGCGUUCUUCAUUCCCCAGGUUUUACUUUGUGGGAGACGAAGAUCUGUUAGAAAUAAUUGGAAACAGCAAAAACAUUCCAAGACUUCAAAAGCAUUUUAAGAAAAUGUUCGCUGGUGUAGCUGCCAUCAUUUUGGAUGAAGAUGAUACUGUUGUUACUGGAAUUGCAUCUAAGGAAGGGGAAGAGGUUGUAUUCAGUAACAGAGUAUCCAUUAAAGAUCAUCCAAAAAUCAACGAGUGGUUGACAUUGGUUGAAAAAGAAAUGAGAGUGACAUUAGCUACCCUGCUUGCAUCUGCUGUGUCCAAUAUAGGACCUUUUAAGGGUGGAACUAUUGAUCAGAAAGAAUACAUGAAAUGGGUCGAUAAUUACCAAUCUCAAAUUGUUGUAUUAGCUGCACAAAUAUCAUGGUCUGAAGAUGUUGAAAAUGCUCUCCAUGCAAUUGCCAACGCUGGAAACAACGAAUUGAAGCCUUUGGAAGAUGUUCUGGUUGCUGUUGAAACAACUCUCAAUGUGUUAGCCGAUUCUGUCUUGCAAGAACAACCUCCCUUAAGAAGAAAAAAGUUAGAGCACUUGAUAACGGAGUUCGUUCACAAAAGAGAUGUCACACGUUUCCUAAUCAAGAAGAAAGUUGCAAAUCCAAAAUCUUUUGAGUGGUUAAGUAGAAUGCGUUUCUACUUUGAUCCUCGACAAUCUGAUGUCCUCCAGCAACUAUCAAUUCAUAUGGCUAAUGCUAAGUUUAACUAUGGCUUUGAGUAUUUGGGUGUGCAAGAAAAAUUGGUUCAAACCCCCCUUACAGAUAGAUGUUACCUUACCAUGACACAAGCUUUAGAAGCUAGACUGGGUGGAUCUCCUUUUGGUCCUGCUGGAACAGGUAAAACCGAAUCAGUGAAAGCUUUAGGUCAUCAGUUGGGACGUUUUGUUUUAGUAUUCAACUGUGAUGAGACUUUUGAUUUUCAGGCAAUGGGCCGAAUCUUUGUUGGUUUGUGCCAAGUUGGUGCUUGGGGCUGCUUUGACGAAUUCAACAGAUUAGAAGAAAGAAUGCUUUCAGCCGUUUCUCAGCAAAUUCAAAUGAUUCAAGAAACUCUUAAAAAUCAACUGAGUCAAAAAACAAAUAUAAGUGUAGAACUUAUUGGAAAGCAAGUAAAUGUUAAUCCAGACAUGGCUAUCUUCAUUACUAUGAAUCCAGGAUACGCUGGAAGAUCAAACUUGCCAGAUAAUUUGAAGAAGUUAUUCAGAUCUCUUGCUAUGACCAAACCUGACAGACAACUUAUAGCUCAAGUAAUGCUUUUCUCACAAGGUUUCCGAUCUGCUGAAAAGUUGGCGAGUAAAAUUGUACCUUUUUUCAAGUUAUGUGAUGAACAGUUAUCUAAUCAAUCUCAUUAUGAUUUUGGACUGCGAGCUUUGAAGAGUGUAUUGAUAAGUGCUGGAAACAUAAAACGGGACCGUAUUCAGAAAAUAAAAGAUACGUUAGCAGAGCAAGGAGAAAAAUUACCGGAAGGAAAAAUUGCUGAGCAACUUCCCGAACAAGAAAUUCUAAUCCAGAGUGUUUGUGAAACCAUGGUACCAAAGUUGGUAGCGGAAGACAUUCCUCUCCUCUUCUCUCUUUUGUCGGAUGUGUUCCCAGGUGUUUCUUACACUAGGGCUGAGAUGAAAGGCUUAAAGGAGCAGAUCAAAAAGGUCUGUCAGGAAAUGUUUUUCGUUUGUGGAGAGAACGAAGAAGUUGGUGGACUCUGGAUGGAAAAAGUUCUACAAUUGUUCCAAAUAUCGCAACUAAAUCAUGGUUUGAUGAUGGUUGGCCCUAGUGGCAGUGGAAAAUCAACAGCAUGGCAAGUUUUGCUUAAGGCACUUGAAAGAUUUGAAGGUACUGAAGGAGUUGCCCAUGUAAUUGAUCCAAAGGCUAUUUCAAAGGAAGCUUUAUAUGGAACACUUGAUCCCAACACUCGAGAGUGGACUGAUGGAUUGUUCACUCAUGUUUUGAGAAAGAUCAUUGAUAAUGUCAGAGGUGAAAUCAGCAAGCGACAAUGGAUCAUAUUUGAUGGUGAUGUAGAUCCUGAAUGGGUUGAAAAUCUCAACAGUGUUUUGGAUGAUAAUAAACUCUUAACAUUACCAAAUGGGGAGCGUUUGAGUUUACCUCCAAAUGUCAGAAUCAUGUUUGAAGUGCAAGAUCUCAAGUUUGCAACCCUUGCAACAGUCUCUCGUUGUGGUAUGAUAUGGUUCAGCGAAGAUGUAUUAUCUACUGAAAUGAUUUUUGAGAACUUUUUAUUAAAACUUCGUCAUAUACCAUUAGAAGAAGUUGAAGAAGAAAUUUCUUAUAAGAAAAAGAAAGAAGACAAUUUGAAAGAAGACCUACUGUCUCCAACAUUGCAGGUACAGCGCGAUGUUGCAACAAUUCUCAACCCACACUUUGCAUCUGAUGGAUUAGUUGUGAGAGCUUUGGAAUUUGCAUCAAGUCAAGAACAUGUGAUGGAUUUUACUCGCUUAAGAGCGCUUGGAUCUUUGUUUUCAAUGUUAAAUCAGUCAUGCCGAAAUGUUCUUAACUACAACCAUACUCAUCCAGAUUUUCCUAUGCAGAAUGACCAACUGGAUCGCUACAUUCCAAGAUGUUUAGUUUACGCACUGCUGUGGUCAUUUGCUGGUGAUGGAAAGUUGAAAAUCAGAUCUGAUCUUGGGGAUUUUAUUCGUGGCAUCACAACAAUUCCUUUGCCACCCAAUGCAAUAGCACCUAUCAUUGAUUUUGAAGUUUCAAUCAGUGGUGAAUGGAGUCCUUGGCAACAAAAAGUACCACAAAUUGAAGUUGAAACUCAUAAAGUUGCCGCCCCUGAUAUUGUUGUGCCUACUCUAGAUACUGUGCGGCAUGAAUCUUUGCUAUAUACAUGGUUAGCUGAACAUAAACCUUUAGUACUUUGUGGACCACCAGGAUCCGGAAAAACAAUGACAUUAUUUAGUGCCCUAAGAUCCCUACCUGAUAUGGAAGUUGUAGGUUUGAAUUUCUCUAGUGCGACAACACCUGAACUGUUACUUAAGACUUUUGAUCAUUAUUGUGAAUACAGAAGAACUCCAAAUGGCAUUGUACUUUCACCAAUUCAGUUAGGGAAAUGGCUUGUACUCUUCUGCGACGAAAUCAAUUUACCAGAUAUGGACAAAUAUGGUACUCAACGAGUCAUAUCAUUUUUGCGCCAAAUGGUUGAACAUGGCGGCUUUUACCGUACCACUGAUCAAGCCUUUGUGAAACUUGAAAGAAUACAAUUUGUUGGUGCUUGUAACCCUCCCACUGAUCCUGGACGAAAGCCUCUUUCUCAUCGAUUUUUGCGUCAUGUGCCAGUUGUCUAUGUUGACUAUCCAGGAGAGACAUCGCUGAAACAAAUCUAUGGUACAUUCAAUAGAGCUAUGCUUCGAUUGUUGCCCUCAUUAAGAGCUUAUUCUGAGCCUCUGACGUCAGCUAUGGUUGAGUUUUAUCUGAUGUCACAGGAACGUUUUACACAAGAUAUGCAGCCGCAUUAUGUUUACAGUCCUCGAGAAUUGACAAGAUGGGUUCGAGGCAUUUGUGAAGCUAUAAGACCUCUUGAAACUCUUGCUGUUGAAGGUUUGGUUCGACUUUGGGCUCAUGAAGCUCUCAGAUUGUUUCAAGAUAGGUUGGUUGGAGAGGAAGAACGUAUCUGGACUGACGAAAAUAUCAACAUAGUUGCUUUAAAACACUUUCCUAAUAUUAGUCGUGAUGCUGCUUUAGAAAGGCCUAUUCUGUAUAGUAACUGGUUAUCUAAAGAUUACCUUCCUGUUGAACGACAUAGUUUGAGAGAUUACAUAAAAGCAAGACUUAAGGUGUUUUAUGAAGAAGAACUUGAUGUUCCACUUGUGUUAUUCAAUGAAGUGUUGGAUCAUGUCUUAAGAAUUGAUCGAAUAUUCCGACAACCCCAGGGACACUUGUUGCUGAUAGGUGUGAGUGGUGCUGGAAAGACUACAUUGUCCCGCUUUGUUGCUUGGAUGAAUGGACUUAGUGUGUUUCAAAUUAAAGUGCAUAACAAAUACAGUGCCUCAGAUUUUGAUGAAGACUUAAGAGCUGUUCUUCGAAGAUCAGGUUGUAAAGAUGAAAAGAUAUGCUUCAUACUGGAUGAGUCAAAUGUUCUCGAUUCAGGUUUUCUAGAACGCAUGAACACCCUUUUGGCUAAUGGAGAAGUUCCGGGUCUGUUUGAAGGAGAUGAAUUCACUACUCUGAUGACUCAAUGCAAAGAAGGCUCUCAAAGAGAAGGCUUAAUGCUGGACUCCAAUGAAGAGCUGUACAAAUGGUUCACACAGCAGGUAAUGAAAAAUUUACAUGUUGUGUUUACCAUGAAUCCCUCUUCUGAAGGCUUGAAAGACAGAGCUGCUACUUCUCCUGCUUUGUUUAACAGAUGUGUCCUGAAUUGGUUUGGUGACUGGUCAGAUGAAGCAUUGUUUCAUGUUGGAGGAGAAUUUACUAGCAAACUUGAUAUGGAUAAACCCCUUUACAAAGCUCCAGAUUAUUUUCCUGCUGCCUUUCCUGGGCUUGAAAUGCCACCUUCACAUAGAGGUGCUAUUGUUAAUGCAUUUGUUUAUGUUCAUCAAACUCUCCACAAGGCUAAUGCUAGAUUAUCAAAGAGAGGCGGACAUGUUGCAACUGUAACCCCCAGACACUUCCUAGAUUUCAUUAAUCACUACGUAAAGUUAUUUAACGAGAAACAAGCUGAGCUGGAAGAACAGCAACUGCAUUUGAAUGUUGGCUUGCAGAAAAUACACGAAACUGUUGAACAAGUUGAAGAACUUCAAAAAUCACUUGCUUUGAAACGUAGAGAACUUGAAGCAAAAAAUCAAGCUGCAAAUGCCAAACUUAAAGACAUGCUCAAAGAUCAGCAAGAAGCGGAGAAGAAAAAAAUGCAAUCUCAUGAAAUUCAAGCUGCUCUAAGAGAACAAGAAGAAGUUAUUGCUGUAAAACGAGCUAGCGUAAUGGAAGAUUUGUCAUUGGUUGAGCCUGCAGUUUUAGAAGCUCAAAAUGCUGUGAAAUCUAUCAAGAAACAGCAUUUAGUUGAAGUAAGAUCUAUGGCUAAUCCACCUGCUCCUGUUAAGCUUGCUCUUGAAUCAAUCUGCUUAUUGCUUGGUGAACCUACAACUGACUGGAAAGCCAUUAGAUCAGUCAUCAUUAGAGAAAAUUUUAUCAACACAAUUGUAAACUUUGCUACUGAUGAUAUAACGGAUGACAUUCGAGUUAAAAUGAAAAACAAAUAUGUCAAUAAUCCAGAAUUCAAUUUUGAAAAAGUUAAUCGUGCCAGUGUUGCUUGUGGACCCAUGGUCAAAUGGGCCAUUGCUCAGAUUAAUUUCGCAGACAUGUUGAAGAGGGUAGAGCCUCUGAGAGACGAAUUACAGAGUUUAGAAACGGAAGCUGCUGAAAACAAGCACAGAGCCGAAGAAAUGGAGAGUCUUAUCAACCAUUUGGAAAAAAGCAUAGCCUCCUAUAAAGAGGAGUAUGCCAAUUUGGUCAGCCAGGCUCAAGCUAUCAAAGCUGAUUUAGCUUCUGUCCAAGCGAAGGUCGACCGCAGCAUUGCCCUUUUGAAGAGUCUUAGCUCAGAACGUAAACGAUGGGAAGAUACAAGUGAAACCUUUAAAAAUCAAAUGGCUACAAUUGCUGGUGAUGUACUUCUAUCUUCAGCUUUUCUGGCCUAUGCAGGAUAUUAUGAUCAACAGUACAGAAAUAAUUUGUUUAAUUAUUGGUGCACACAUCUCCAACAAGCUGGAAUUAUGUUCAGGGCAGAUCUUGCUCGAACAGAGUACCUAUCAACUGCUGAUGAGCGUUUAAGAUGGCAUGCUAAUGCUCUCCCAUCUGAUGACUUGUGUACUGAAAAUGCUAUAAUGCUCAAAAGGUUUAAUCGUUAUCCUUUGAUCAUCGAUCCUUCUGGACAAGCUACCGAAUUCAUUUUGAAUGAGUAUAAAGAAAAGAAAAUUACUAAGACAAGUUUCCUGGAUGAUUCAUUCAGAAAAAAUCUUGAAAGUGCACUGCGUUUUGGAAAUCCUCUCCUUGUGCAGGAUGUUGAAAGCUAUGAUCCAAUCUUAAAUCCAGUUCUGAAUCGAGAAGUGCGUAAAACUGGUGGACGUGUUUUGAUCACUCUAGGAGACCAGGACAUUGAUUUGUCACCAUCCUUCUGCAUUUUCUUAUCGACCCGAGAUCCAACUGUUGAUUUUCCUCCAGAUAUAUGCUCUCGUGUGACAUUUGUCAAUUUCACAGUUACACGAAGCAGUCUUCAAAGUCAGUGUCUUAAUCAGGUGUUGAAAGCAGAACGACCAGAUAUUGAUGAAAAGAGAUCAGAUCUUCUGAAAUUACAAGGCGAGUUCCAUGUCCGUCUUCGACAGCUAGAAAAAUCCUUGUUGCAAGCACUUAAUGAUGCUAAAGGCCGUAUCUUGGAUGAUGACAGUGUCAUAAGUACAUUAGAAAAACUGAAAAAUGAAGCUUCUGAAAUCAUGCAUAAAGUAGAAGAAACUGACAAAGUAAUGAGCGAGGUUGAAAUGGUAUCCCAACAAUACAUGCCGCUAUCCCAAGCUUGCAGUAGCAUCUAUUUUACCCUAGAAGGGCUUCAUCAAGUUCACUUUUUGUACCAGUAUGCUUUGCAAUUUUUCCUUGACAUGUAUAAUGAUGUUCUUACAAAUAACCCGCAUUUGACUGGGCAGCUUGAUUACAAUGCAAGGUUAUCGAUUAUCACAUCAGAUCUUUUCCAGACGGUGUACAAUCGUGUCACUCGGGGUGUACUUCAUGAUGAUCGGCUGAUUUUUGCUCUAUUAUUGUGCAAAAUUUACUUAAAAGGUCUAUCCAGUGAGCCUAAUUUUGAGCAUGAAUUCAAUCACUUUUUGCGUGGAAGAGAAGGAAUAUUACCUGGACAGCCAACUAUUCAUUUCCCUGGCUUAAACCCUGACCAACUAGAAGGGGCAACUGCUCUAUCAAAAUUACCAGCAUUUAAAAAUCUACAAAGGAACUUGGAUAAUAUUGAAAAUUUCAAUGCCUGGAUAGAAAGUUCCAAUCCAGAGCAAGAUGUCCCUGUGUUAUGGGGUGAUGAUAAACCAUUAACUGCUAUAGGUGCUGCAAUGCAUCAGCUGUUAGUAACACAAGCAUUUAGACCUGAUCGAGUAAUAGCAAAAGCUUUACAAGUAGUUUCAGCCGUGCUUGGGCAGAAUUUCUUGUCUGAAGCAGAAGUUGAAUUGGAUUUAUCGACUAUUGUGGAAAAUGAGGUUAAAUCAAAUACUCCAGUACUGAUGUGCUCAGUGCCUGGCUAUGAUGCUAGUGGAAGAGUGGAUGAUUUGGCUACAGAACUUGGAAAGAAUAUUACAUCCAUUGCAAUGGGUUCAGCUGAAGGCUUUAGUCAAGCAGAGAAAGCAAUCAAUUCUGCUUCUAAAACUGGAAGAUGGGUUAUGUUGAAGAAUGUGCACUUAGCACCACAAUGGCUUGUUCAACUGGAAAAAAAACUCCAUACCCUUAAACCUCAUGCUGCAUUCAGACUUUUCCUUACUCUUGAAAUCCAUCCCAAAGUUCCCGUGAAUUUGCUUCGAGCUGGACGCAUCUUUGUGUUUGAACCCCCUCCUGGUAUAAAGGCCAAUUUACUGAGAACAUUUAGUGCAGUUCCUGCACAAAGAAUGAUGAAGGCUCCAGGCGAACGAGCAAGACUUUAUUUCCUUCUUGCCUGGUUCCAUGCAGUUGUUCAAGAGAGACUGCGAUAUGCUCCUCUUGGAUGGUCAAAACGCUAUGAGUUCAAUGAGUCGGAUUUGAGAGUUGCGUGUGAUACUUUAGAUACAUGGAUUGAAACAGUUGCAAUGGGAAGAACCAACUUACCUCCCGAGAAAGUACCCUGGGAUGCCAUUUGUACUUUACUGAGUCAGUGCAUAUAUGGAGGAAAGAUUGACAAUGAAUUUGACCAACGUCUCCUCAAUUCAUUUCUAAGUAAAUUGUUCACUGCUCAAAGCUUUGAGCCCGAUUUCCCCCUUGUGACUGGAGUUGAUGGUGUGGAAGGAAAAUUUAUUACAAUGCCUGAAGGCAUAAGGCGUGAUCAAUUUCUCCAUUGGGUUGAAAGUCUGUCUGAUCGCCAAUCACCCUCUUGGCUUGGCUUGCCAAAUAAUGCUGAGAAGAUGCUGCUUCUGACUAGAGGAACUGCAUUAAUUGCUAAAUUGCUGAAGAUGCAGCUUUUGGAAGAUGAUGAUGAAGUUGUGUACUCUGCUGAUGAAUCAGAAGCAAAGAUCAAAGCAGAUGGUCGUCCCGCUUGGAUGAUAACUUUGCAUAAUUCUGCGGCUACAUGGUUGCGUUUGGUGCCACAAAGUUUAACUUCUCUUAAGAGAACAGUGGAAAACAUCAAAGAUCCAAUGUAUAGAUAUUUUGAAAGAGAGGUUAAUGCUGCAGUUAAAUUGCUUCAAACUGUAAGAAGAGACCUGGAAGAUGCUAUACUUAUAUGCAAAGGCGAGAAAAAACAAACUAAUUUCCAUCGCUCCAUGAUAAGUGAUCUUGCAAAAGGUAUUCUACCUCCUCACUGGAGACGUUAUACUGUUCCUAGUGGCUGCACCGUCAUCCAGUGGAUUACAGAUUUCUCAGACAGAAUCAAACAAUUGCAAAAAGUUUCAACAGCCUCAAUAUCUGGUGGCACAGCUGCAUUGAAGAAUCUUCAUGUUUGGCUUGGAGGUCUUUUCAAUCCCGAGGCCUACAUCACGGCAACACGUCAAUAUGUUGCACAAGCUAAUGGUUGGUCAUUAGAAGAACUUGCAAUGGAGGUUACAAUAAUGGAUAAAGCUGGGAAGCCUGCUGACUUAGAUGAAUGUAGCUUUGGAGUAACAGGGCUGAAGCUCCAAGGGGCAGAAUGUUCUAACAGCAAGUUAUAUCUUACACUUACAAUAUCUGCAGACCUCCCACUAACAACUUUGCGCUGGAUAAAGAGAACUGAAGCAAGCAAGUCGUUACCUCAGGUUACUCUUCCUGUUUAUCUCAACACAACUCGAAGUGAGUUGUUAUUCACCGUGAACCUUCCUGUCGCUGACCAACAGAAAGAACAUAGUUUUUAUGAAAGAGGAGUGGCUGUCAUUUGUUCCUCGGCUCUUGGUUGAAUAUCUGUGAUGAAUUUAUUUUCUGUAAAAUGGACUUUUUUAGCUUUGAAGUGGCAGCUGUGUUAUUUUAUCCCUUGAUAGUUCUUAACUCAUUUGCUCUUUUACAUUUGAUUAACUUGGUAUUAUAUUUAUGAUUAUUUUAUCUUGUGUUCAGGUUCUAUUAAAGGUUGUUUAUGUCUUGAGAAUAUUCAUUUUUACAUGUAAGAUUUAAAAUUAAAGGCUUUUUACUGUUGAAAAUAUUUAUUUGUCC